UCCUGUUGGUGUCUCGCACUGUGUGGUCGGGUUGUACAGAUUCUGCACUCAGAACAUCUCAUCCCUCAGACAUUACAGUAAUGGAGAUUCUGCUUUGUUCUCUGCUCUUCAUGGUUGUUCUUCAGUCAUGUGUUGUCUGUGGUGGUUAUUGUGGAGUGGAAAUAGAAAAUGUAUCUGGUGGUGAAGGAGGAGAUGUCAUUCUACAGGUUCCUCAGAUGGGGAUCAGAUUCAUCAUUUGGGCUUUACCAGGAAAUGUUAUUGUUCGGACUAAACCUGAAGAAUCUAUUGUGGAUAAUAAUCUGACAGAACAGUAUAGAGGAAGAGUGAGGAGUGAAGAUGAUGGAUCCUUACACAUCUAUAGAUUAUCACCGCAGGAUCAGAGUUGGUAUCCCACAAUUAUACAGACAACAGAAGACAAGAGGAUCUGUGUACUGUUUAAUCUCAAUGUAUACGAGAUAUUAUCCCCUGGAGACAUCCAGAUCAACCACACCAUCACCAGGAAUGACCCCUGCUCCCUGGACUUGUUCUGCUCCGUGGACAAAAGAAAUGUGACUAUAACAUGGAGCAGUGUACACACCAGUGAUAUCAAUGUGACCCGAGGUGUCCUGUAUGUAUCUCCCCGUGGUGUGAACGUCACCUAUAUCUGCACCGCACGUAACCCUGUCAGUAAUGUCUCCAAAACUGUGAUCCCUGGGGAAUACUGCAGUACUGAGAAGAAGAGAGAACCAGACGGCAUCACCGGUGAUCGGUGUAUGAUACCUUGGAUAUUAUCCGGUAUUGUGUUACUCAUCACUGUCUGCAUCUUCAUCCAUCACAUGAAGAGUGAAGUCAUACAGUCCUCCGGAAGACCCUGAAGACUCCUCUUCUAUGAACACGGGCCUUAUGGUUAAUUAUGGUCGCUCUGUUCUUACCGAACCAGAAAGAAGAUAUUUCAUAUAGAUAUUACUUUUUAUUCAACGCUCUGUUUCUGUGUCUGAGUAUUAUAGAAUAAGGAUUGUGUUCUGGUUACUUUAUCCCUGUACAGAUGAUUAAUUCAAUCAGUAGUAGCGCUAUUCUUUGCAAUAGAGUGACACUGUAACAAUAUAACGGUAUCAGUACGCUGCGUGCAUGUUGCAGGGAUAUUGGUUGUCACGGACCAAAUGCCAGCUAACAUUAGCUGCAACAUGCACGCAGCGUACUGAUAUCGUUAUAUUGUUAUAUUGCUACUGAUUGAAUUAAUGAACAAUACGCAGAGAUGGAGGAACAGCGCUCCUCAAUUCUUUUGCCUGCAACUUUUAGUAGAAUCUCUCUCUUUUUUUCUUUUCUUUUUUCUUUUAGGAUUUUAUAUAUAUUUAAGGACUGUUGUAUUUUUAAUACAUUUUUAUUAACCAUGUCAAUGACAGGUUUUUACUUCUAAUCAUGCUGGAACUUCUUAUGUAAUUUCAUAACGUUAUGAAACACAGGAAGUCCCGGAAUCGCCAUUUUGGGACUCCCUUGAGUGAAGCCAAGGUCUGGGUGACCCAGUUUCCCUGGCAAAUCCACAGCUUGUUCGCCCACUAGCAUGCCUUUAUAUAAUGUGUCCUGACUAUGUAUCUGUAUGCACAUCUUGAUAAGGAGCUCGGUAUGAGCUGGAAAUGCGUUUAAAGUGCUAUCACCAUCCUUUUAUACCUUUGAUGUUGAAAUAAAGAAAAUCUUUUUAUGGCAGAAGCGCUACGUUUGGAGACU